UUUUUGGGCGCCUUUCUCAUUUACUUUUUACAUUAUUCGGUCAAAAAGCCUCUCGCCGGCGAGGAGAAAGUUCAGCAUCAAUUCCAAAUUCCCUGUCAAUUUGCUCUUCGUCGGCGGUGGAGGUUUCCACAUUUCUCCGAUUCAGCUCGAAAAUGGAGGAGAAGAGCAAGGUUCUGAUCAUAGGAGCAACAGGUUUCCUAGGGUUCCAUUUGGCUCAAGCCAGCUGCAAUUUUUCUCACCCUACGUUUGCUUUAAUAAGAGAUUCUACCUCCUCUUCACCUACUAAACUAGACAAGCUCCGAGCUCUCUCCGAUGCCGGGGUUCAAUUCCUCAAGGGUUCUCUGGAUGACGAAGCUAGCCUGAUGGAAGCUGUUAAUCAAGUUGAUGUGGUCAUUUGUGCUGUUUCGUCUAAACAGGCGUUGGACCAGAAACUUCUGAUUCAAAUCAUCAAACAAAAUGGAUCGAUUAAGAGGUUUAUUCCAUCAGAAUUUGGACUUGAUCCUGAUAAGGUUCAAAUAUCAAACAUGGACUACGACUUCUAUGCCCGCAAAGCUGAAAUUCGUCGGCUGGUUGAAGCUGAAGGCAUUCCAUAUACCAUAAUUUCUUGCAAUUUUUUCAUGAGUUAUUUACUUCCUUCCCUUGUUCAACCAGGCAUGAAAAUUCCUCCAAGGGAUAAGGUGACAAUAUUUGGUGAUGGGAAUACUAAAGGUGUAUUUGUGAAGGUCAGUGAUGUUGCUGACUUCACAAUUAGUGCGUUGGAUGAUCCACGCACAUUGAACAAGGUAGUUUAUCUAAGGCCCGAAGGAAAUGUCUAUUCCUUGAAUGAACUGGUUGAGAUUUGGGAGUGUAAAAUUGGGAAGAAGCUUGAGAAGAAUUAUGUAUCAGAAGAGGAGCUGCUGAAGAAAAUUGAAGAGACUCCUUACCCUGACAACAUGGAGCUCAUUUUCAUAUAUUCUGCAUUCAUAAAGGGAGAUCAAACGUACUUUGAUAUCGAGGCAUCAUCAAAUGGUGUUGAUGGUUCAAAAUUAUAUCCACAACUCAAGCAUACUACGAUUAGUGAGUUUCUGGACACCCUAUUGGAAUGAUCUUCCAAGUUCUUAUUUGGUUAGCAUUUGGUUUUUCCUUUUUUUUAAUGAAAGUAAAAACUAACUUUCAUUAAAAGAAAAAUAAUAAUGAAAGAACAUAAAGAUAUUUGAUUUUAGGAGUA